GGGCCGGGGUCAGCGAGCGGCUCGGAAUAGUCCUGACUCUUCCGGGAAAGGUCUCGACCGCACAAGUUCCUGCGAGGUCUCCUCGAUCCACUGUGAAUACACAGCAACUUUUAGGUGACGAAGAGAGAGCUCUGGCCCUGUUGGAGCAGGGAGAGCAAGAGGAUGGUUGCCUACGUCCGGGAGCCAGUUCGGCCGGACCUGACCGAGGCAUCUGUCCGGGGUGCUGCUGUUCCUGACCAGCAGGAGGCGCCAUCCACGGUUGAGGGGAGCCCGGAGUCGCUGGGUGCUGGGCCGGGGAAAGAGGAGGUGGUGUACAUCUGCUCGGUUUGCGGGCACGGCGUCACCGGGGCAUCACCGUUCUCCCUGCACCAGAGGGUCCACACCAGCUACUGCUGUGCCAUCUGCGGCAAGGGUUUUAGCCGCUCAUCGAACCUGGCAAGGCACCGGCGCACGCAUACCCUCCAGGUGGUGCACAGCUGCCCGCGCUGCAGCAAGUGCUUCCGCCAGGCGUCCGACCUCCGCCGGCACCGGCUGGUACACACUGGGGAGCGCUGGUACCGGUGCAGUGAGUGCGGCAAAACCUUCACCCAGUCUUCCAACCUGGCCCGCCACAGACGCAUCCACACCGGCGAGCGACCCUUCACCUGCGCCGCCUGCGGCAAGGACUUCAACCGGAUGUCCAGCCUGGAGCAACACCGGCGCACCCACACUGGCGAGAGGCCCUUCCGGUGCCCGCUGUGCGGCAAGGGCUUCAACCAGUCCUCCAACCUCUCCCGGCACCGACACACCCACCACCGGCACUGGGAAUGCCGCCGCCGGUGCUGGGCCCUCAGCCCGUCCGACCAGGACACUCUGCCAUGAGAACCAGCAAACACCCAGCCAGCCCCACCAGAACCAACACCGGGCCCCACCAGAACCAGCACCAGGCCCCACCAAAACCAACAGCGGGCCCCACCAAAACCAGCACCGGGCCCCCACCAGCACCGGGCCCCACCAGAACCAGCACCACCCACUGCUGGAAGAACUGUUCCCACUCCUCCAGGUGUGACCCCCAGGAGCCAGUGAGAGAAACAGCAGGGGUAGCAAGGACAGUAACAUUUACAGCAGGAGGAGCAGCACCUCUGUAUGGUCACAUUAAA